AUGUUUAAAAAAGUUAAGAAAAAGUACUCAACUGGUAAAAAAUGGAAAAUUUUCAGUGCAACUGAUUUCUUAAGUUUAAUUAAGCCGUCUCUUUUGGUGUGUCGAUUUUUCGGUCUGAUUUCAUACAAAAUUUUAAAUGGUAAAAUUGAACAAUCGAAAAACUGUGGAUCUUAUUGUGCCAUCGUAACUUUUGUAUAUAUCUGCGCAUCUUUGCUUAUUUUAUAUAUUAUAAAUGUAUCCCCGUAUAUGAAUAGAGCAAGCACAUGGAUGCUACAGGGUAACUGUUUCUACACACUGGUAAAUUUUAUGCUGGUGUCAAAUUUUGUUUUUAAAUCAUCAACAAUCAAAAUUUUACAAAACUUAGCAGAUACCACUGCUAAACUGCCAAGCGAGAAGUUUGUUAAAAUUUCAAAAUGGAUUCAUUCAAAAGAUUUGGUUCUUUAUCUACUACUUCUUUUACAUGUACCAAAAGUAUUUGUAGGAAAUAUUUAUGCUGUACUUUCAAAAAUCAUUGGAACUUAUGCUGCGAUGACAAUUUACUUAUUAGACUUUCAAUAUAAUAGCUAUGUAUUUAUUAUAGCAAGCUGUUUUGAACACAUAAAUGAAGAGCUUGUCCAAUUAAAUUAUAAUGCUUGCAAGGAGCGAGGUCACCUCUUACGUAGAGUGUAUCACCAUCAAUUCAAUCCUUUGUUGUUUGUAAAAUUACGAUACCUUAAACAAUGGCACUACGAACUUAACGAAAUCAUUAGAAAGAUCAACUCUAAUUUUAGUUUACAAGUAGUUGCUACUGUUAUAAUGACAUUUACCGAAUUGACGUUCGGGUUAUAUUUUUACAUUUUAGAUAGACGGCACAAGGUUAGAAGUUUAGAUAAAGAAAUUUGGUAUUUCUAUUACCAUACGAUGGUUAUGUAUUUUUCUACAAAAUUGCUCUUGCUCACAUUGACGUGUCAGUAUGCUAAUAAUGAAAAUUAUAAAACACGUACAAUAGUUAAUGAAAUUAUAAUAAGUACAGAUAAUAAACUGUUCAAAGAAGAGAUAUAUUUAUUCUCAUUACAAUUGUUACACACGGACAAUAAAUUUAUAGCAAAAGGUGUACAAUUAGAUGCUACACUCCUUACAGGGAUGGCAAAAGGUAUAUUCACAUAUCUUUUAAUAUUAAUACAAUUUUUAAUAACAAACUAA